UUAAUUAGAGUUGAUUUUUUUUCAUUGUCAAUAGUUGAUUGGAAUUCAAUGUUUACAAUUAAUAGAUUGUCACAAUUAAUUGGAUUCAAUUGCCUCCCUUUUUACGUUGAUUUGCUAAUGUCAAUUUAGUUGUUCUAUAGUUCUUACCAAUAUUGGUUUUUUUUCUUCAUUUUUUAAAUAGCCAACUAGCUGUCUUGUCACAACUUUAAAGUGACCAACAAUCAUGAUUUCUGCUCCAUCAAAGCGUAACACUGAUUCUUCCUUGAACCAUAAUGAUACUAAUCAUAGAUCAGCUUCCAGCUGUAAAAAAAGACGUCGUGAACCUGAUCAACCAAGAUUAGGCCUCAGAAGUGAAGCUCCAUAUUCUACGGACGAUGAAGCAAUUAAGGAACGUAAUGCCUGUGAUUAUUCGAUUAAAAUCACCAUGGAAACAGCUAAAGCUGGUAAAGCGCCGAGGAGAGUUCGUGUAUAUGCUGAUGGUAUUUACGAUCUAUUCCACUUGGGACAUGCUAAACAAUUGAAACAAGCCAAAAAUGCCUUCCCUGAUGUUUGGUUGAUUGUUGGUGUCAAUAAUGAUGAGAUGACCCACUCACUCAAAGGAAAAACUGUGAUGAAUGAAGAUGAACGUUAUGAAGCGGUUAGAUAUUGUUGUGUUGUCGAUGAAGUUAUUCGAGAUGCUCCUUGGGUUCUUACUGAAGAGUUUUUAGCCGAAAAUAAGAUUGAUUUUGUUGCUCAUGAUGAUAUUCCCUAUACAACCGAUGAUCAAGAUGAUGUUUAUUCGCUAAUCAAAGAGAAAGGAAUGUUCCUAACAACUAAUAGAACCGAAGGUGUUUCAACAAGUGAUUUAGUGGCAAGAAUUGUUAAGGAUUAUGAUAUUUAUGUUCGCCGUAAUUUAGCUAGAGGAUAUUCUGCAAAAGAUAUGAAUGUAUCCUUUAUAAAUGAGAAAAAGUUUCUCCUGCAAAACAAAAUGGACGAGCUUAAAGACAAAUUUGAGGAAAAGAAACAUGGAUUUAUACAAACAUGGGAAGAAAAGUCAAGAGAUUUUAUCGGCAAUUUUCUCGAUCUAUUUGGCCGUGAAGGUGCUUUAAAUAACCUUUGGAAUGAAAGUAAAGGGAGACUUCAAAGGGCUUUAUCACCACCACCAAGUCCAUAAUCCAAAUCAUAUACAUACACCAACAAACACACACACACAUUAAUAUAUAUAUCCAAUUAAUCAAUCGAGAGAGAAAAAAAAUGCAAAAUCUAUUUAUUGUUGAAGAUUUUAAAUCCAAUUUGAAAAUUCAAUUUUCUAUUUUCUUGGGAAAAUAAUGUUUUUGUUUUGUUUUUUUUUUCGAUUCGACUGGAAAAGGAGAUAUACAACUUUACAUACACACCAACCAUCAACUUUAAAUAUAUAUUUAAAUGUAUCUUAACCAUGGAUGGAUAAUUAAUUGUCAUUUUUAGUGGAUCAGUGUUCAAAUUAAUCAAAAAUCAAAUCAAAAGAGAUGAAAAUCAAAAUCAAUCUACGCUGACAUGAAAAGAUCUUAAUUAUAAAUAAUUGUGAGCAAAAUAAAGAGCCAAAUACAUAAGGUGAUUA